UUCGGUUUAAUUUUGUAGAAGAACGGAGCGCAUGAUGAAGUUGAAAGAUGACAUGAACUUCAGCCUGGGAAAAGAAGAUGAUCGGAAGAUUGUGGACGCGGUUCUUCGUUUCGAACUUCUGAUGACGAAAUUGAGUCAGCCGGUUAAACUCAGCAAUCAGACGGACAGAAUCAAAGGUGCAGUCUACAUAAUGUACAACUUUGUCAGACUGAAAGCAAUACUGAACCAAUUUGAAUCGAAUGUUACCUCAGGGAUCUAUCCACCCGUACCACCCUUUCAUCAAAUCGAUUUCCAGCAGUUAGCUUGCGAGGAAGAAUGGCAUAUCAUGUUCUGCUACUUGUUUGAUUGGCCACAAGUUGUGAGGACAGCUUGUGAGUCGCUCUCCUCAAAGUGCCAUAUCCACACGAUAUUCAUGUUUCUGGCCAAACUAUCUACGAAUUUCAGCUCUUAUUACGCAAAAGAACGCAUAUUGACAGAAAACAGAGAACAACUUUUGCCAGUGAUGUUUGCAAGGAUUUGUCUGAUGAAGGCCAUCGUAAGAGUAAUGGAGAAUGCAUUCACAAUUGUCGGCAUUAGUCCUCUGUCUAGAAUGUAGAAACAUUGUCUUCCUCCAGCAUUUUUGUCCUUCCUACGUACUGUAUUUGGAAUUCAACUGGCAUGUUACAGAAAAGAUACGGCAAAUUCUUGAGGCUGUGCAAAAGGCUAAAAAAAAACUUUCUACUCGUGAUAUUUUUCGAUUUGUAUAUCAUCAAGCUAUCAUAAUGAAAAAGUUUUCUCAGGAAAACAUUUUUUCACCGAUCAUUAUUUUUUGAGAUAUGAGCGCCGGAAGUUUGAAUUUUUGGGACAGAACAUUUCAAAUUCAUGGAUUUAUCUCUUACCGAAUUUGAAAUGUUCUGUCCCAAAAAUUUAAACUUUAGGCGCUCAUAUCUCAAAAAGUAAUGAUUAGAAAAAAACUUUUUCCUGAGAAAACGUUUUAAUUUUGAUAGCUUGAUGAUAUACAAAUCGAAAAACUUUGAAAAAUAUCACCAGUAGAAAGUUUAUUUUUAGCCUUUGCACAGCCUUAAGCCGCAAGUUUCCCCCAACAUAGUUCUUGAGCUGUUGGAAUCUUGAAAAUUCUAGUAAACCUAGUCUAGUAGGAUACUGGACAAACCAUAACCCUUAUCAAAUUCAUCUUUGCUGGUCAAUGCAUGAUAUUAAUGGAAUUUACAAAAAAUUUAAAGUAGUCAUCGAAUAACUUGAGUAUUUUUAUUGAAAGUCGAUGUGAUAUUAUGAUUCAAAAAACUGUGUCAGUUAUAUCAAGUGUAUCAGUAUUUUCGAAUAAUUUCGGUUUUCGACUUGUGAAUUUGCCUUACAAACAGCAUAACCCUGAAUCCUUUCACAAACCUCAUAGCAUACAUUUAUAAAAGAAUUUACUUGUGUGAACAGUGAAAACUCUAGUUUGCUAUUCAUUCAUGAAAACUGGUUAUAUAAGUUAUAAAACUGACAUCAAACCCAUUUCUCUAGUUUUGAAGUAACGUCGAAUUAACAACUUUACACUAAUUUUAAAAAUAGUGUAUAAUAUUACAAAUUAUUUUCACUAUCUCGUAAAACAGUCCAAGACUGUAAUCAACAAUACGGUAGUUUAUAUGUUAAUCAAGAAAAUAGUCAAAUAUUUAUUUUAUUACAAAUAUAUCUACAUUGACAUUGAUGAUAGCUUAUAUUUUGCAAAACACUAACUCUAGGCCUAUUGGUUAGGGCCAUAAGUGUCAAUGAUUUUGGUUUUAAGAGAUGAUAAAUUUUGAAUUAUACAACACUGUGAUAUGAUAAA